CAAAAUAUCUGUUGAGGACCUCACCAUAGAUUCCCUCCUUUGUCCUUGAGUGGACUGACCCUUUCCCUGGCUACCCUAUUGCUUUUUAUGUAUGCAUGAAAAGCCUUGGGUUUCUCCUUAACCCUGUCUGCUAACAACUUUUCAUGACCCCUUUUCACCCUUCUAAUUCUUUGUUUAAGUUAUUUCCUAUUUUCCCUUUAUACUUUAAGGGCUUUGUCAGUUCCCAUCCUCCUAUACCAUUAAGUAUGCUUCCUUUCUCUUUUUGACCAAGGUCAUAACAUUCCUAGUCAUCCAAGGUUCACGUAGCAUGCCAUACCUAUCUUUCAUUCUCGCAGGAACAUGCAACUCCUGAACUCUUAUCAACUGCUGUUUGGAAUACUCCCACAUGUCCAGUGUGGUUUUACCCUCAAACAUCCACCUCCAAUCAACAUUCUCCAGUUCCUGCCUAAUAUUAUUAUAGUUCACCUUCCUACAAUUUAACACCUUCACCCGAGGACUACUGUUAUCAAUAUCCGUGUGUACUUGAAAACUCACGAUAUUAUGGUUACUACUCCCAAAAUGCUCCAUCACUGAAACUUCAUUCACCUGGUUUGACUCAUUUCCUAAAAUCAGGUGCAGUAUAACCCCUUCCCUGGUUGGACUGUUUACAUCUGCAUAAAGAAACCCUCCUAUAUGGUCCUUUAAAAUUCUGCCCCAUCCAAGCCUCUAGCACAAAGUGAGUCCCAGUCAAUAUAGGGGAAGUUAAAAUAACCCAGCACAACAAACUUACUGUUUUUACAUCUUUCCAAAAUCUGUCGACAUAUUCUCUCCUUUGUCUUUUGCUGUCUGUCGGGAGGGCCUGUGGUAUAUCCUCAGCAUUGUGAUUUCACCUUUUCUAUUCCUGAGUUCUACCCACUUUGCAUCACUGCACAAGUCCUCUGAUGUAUCCUCCCUCAACACAGCUGUGAGGUAAUCCUUUACCAGAAAUACAAUUCCCCCACCCCUUUUACAUCCCUUUCCAUCACACUUGAAACAUUUAAAUCCUGAGGCAUUCAACUGACAGUCCUGUCCCUCUUUCAGCCAAGUCUCCGUAAUCACAAAAAUGUCAUAGUUCCAAGUACAAACUAAUUACUAACUAAGAAGUAUCCAAAGUCCCUUGUCUUGCAGCUUUAUGCAGUUUUUCUCCAUUUAAAUAAUACUUAUAAUUCUUAUGCUCCCUUUUCCAAUGUGAACACAACUUGCAUUUUCCCAUUUGCGAACUGAUCGCUGAGGAAUCCCACUGGUCACAGUUCACCAACCUGGAAAAAAACCCUUAUUCCCACUCACUGUUUCCUACCCAUUAGUCAAUUCAAGAUGCCAGCAGAUGAUAGUUCCAUGCCGGGGCUUCUCUGCUCCAACCACUUUUCUUUUUUUUUCCUCUUUUCUUGUUAUUUUUAAUUUUCUCAUUUUCUUACUUCUCUUUACUUACCAUCGGUGGCAGUGAGGAAUCCAAGCGCAGUCUCAAGUGAGCCCAGCGCAGACUUCAGUGAGUUCAGCAUGGACCUUGUGGCAGUGCCAAUUAGGCCCAUGCAGACCUUAUGGCGGCAGCAUGUGAGUCCUGAUUUACUUUUCUGGGCGAUCUCAGACCUGGCAUCAGAAUUAGCGGCUGCAACAUCACAGGAGGUGAUGUAGGCCUAGUGGCAAAAGAUAGUGCCUGAGGUUUGGCAAUUUCAUUGUUGGCCGAGUCCGGUGAUGGUGGUGGCGAAAUAGUGGUGAAAUAGCAUCACAGUGACAUCAACGAGAUGGGUCCAGUGGCGAGGGAUGUGACUCUGACAUUGGCGGGUCUGAUGUAGGCAGCUGUGGCAUGUUUCAAUGUAUUACACAGGGAGUUACAAUGGCCAUGCUCUGGCAAGGCUAGACAUCUUUAGGUUGCAUAAAUGUAAUCAGCACAAAAUCAUUUGUUUGCAUAGCCUCUUGCUUCAGUGAUGCCUUCUUAUUUGCAGUCAAAAGUAUUACUGGAAGACUGCAAUACAGAUGCAAGACUGUUGGCUAUACUGUUGCAGCAAACAACAAUGUGUGAGAUAAAUCAUCAAGACAAUGAGGGUAUGACCCCAUUGCAUUGGGCUGCUUUUCACAACCGGCCGCAGCAUGUCCAGGCUUUAUUACAGAAAGGAGCUGACCCAACAUUGGUUGACAAAGACUUUAAAACGGCGCUUCAUUGGGCAGUGCAGAGUGGGAAUAGAGCCAUGACUUCUCUCAUUCUGGAUCAUCACCUGAGCCCAUCUAUAAUAAACUAUGAUGAUGAAAAUGGGAAGACAAGUGUGCAUAUAGCAGCAGCAGCUGGACACAGUGACAUCAUCUAUGAUCUGGCAAGAAUUCCAGAAUGCAACUUGCAAUCACUAGAUGUCGAUGACAGGACACCUCUUCACUGGGCUGCUGCAGCAGGGAAAGCGGAUUGUGUACAAUCUUUGAUGCAGCUGGGGGUGGACAGCAGUCCAAGGGACAUCAAUGAAAACACUCCUCUGACAUAUGCAAUGUACUGUGGACACACAGCAUGUAUCAAACUGUUCUCACAGGAAAACAGACCUGAGCCUGUUCGACAGCAAUCUUCUCAAAGCAACAAGAAGAAAGAGGGGCGCUUCAGUGUAUUGAACCAGCUAUUCUCCUGUAAAAAGAAACGGGAUGAGCAAAACCGUACUCUGAAAGAUAAAAGCAAGGAUAGAUGUCGAAGAGAUGAGACUUCUGAAGUUGAUGAUAUUAUAACAACGUUUGAUUCUAUCAUGGAUUCCAAUAAUAGUGAAGUAUUGGAGGAACAGACAGAGGAAUGCAGACUUUCAGAAACAUCUGCAGAGUUAGCAACUUGGAAACAACAGUCAUCAGACAGAAGACAAAAAGUUUAUAAAAGCCUACCCCCAAUACGGACACAAAGUCUCCCACCACUAACUCUUAGCAAUACUUUGUUUAUAAAUUCCCCUUGUAUGGUUCAGAAUGCAGACAGUAAGUCUAGUCCACAUCACUUAGCGCACCGGUCUCAAAAAAGCCGCAGUGAACAUGACUUGUUUGAGAACAGGACUAGCUCUCAGAAACUUUUGGAUAAUCCAUGGGCCAAAGAUACAAAUCACAUUUUGCCUCAUAAAUCAUGGACUACUCCAUCAAAGCUGCUGGAGGUUUUCCUGCAGGAAAGAGCCAAACAUUUGGAACUCUCACAACAUACUACUCUUCCCUGCUUACAGAACAACCUUCAAGGAAUAAAUAUGCAGCAGGAAUCCCUUGAGAAAAUAAAACUAAAAGAUUCAACUCCAGCACGGUCCUUCCUUGCUCCAAUUACUGAUUAUUGCACUCGUAAAUGUAAUUUGUCAUCUGACAGCAUGUCUCAGAAUGUGAAAAAAAUGAGAUCUCUUCCUCAGACUUCUGUAAGGACUACUGCAGUGAAUCUCCCACCAGCACUCCCAUCUAUGCCACAAAGGGAGGGGAUUGGUCAAAUUCACACACUUCUCUCAAAUAUGACAGGUGACACCCUGAGAUCCAAUCGUGUACUCCCUGCUAUCCCAUCUGAGAAGAAAGGUAUGCAUUCAAAAGAUUUGUCCAAGUGUGUCAUUGAAUCUCAACACAAUAGCCAAUAAAUUGAGGAUGUAUAUUUUUAAAACAUCUCCCCAUUUUUACAGUGAUUUAUGAAAUGAAAUAACUAUUCAGAAACUUCUUUAAUUCAUAACUUUUAACUUUAAAUAAGACACUGAAUUUUUUAAUAAUUUUAUAUUUGUGAGACCUACAGCUUUGUUAAAAAUGCAAUAAAUGGAUGCUUCAUUUGCAUGACCAAUGUAAUCAGUAUUUGUGCUAUAUGUAGCUUAAACUAUCACUUUACUCUGUACCCGAUUAUUAGGCACUAGUGUUUCUAAACUUGGAAAGGACUUGUUUGAAUCUGCAGUUCAAUGAUUGAUUUUAUUUUUGUUUAAAUGUUGGACAGUGGAAUUUUUAGUUUAAAUGUUGAACAGUGGAAUUUUUAAAAUGCUAGAAAUAUCUGAUCAAGAAAAAUGUGUUGACAGCUACAAUCAAAUGAUAACCCCGAUCUCACCUUCACUUGGUCCAUUGAGGUGCGGACGCAGAGGGAUAAAACUGAGACCUUUGCUGAGUACAGAGAUGUACUCAGAUGUAUUGAGAUUAACUCAGCAAUCUGUAAUUUUAAUAUGCUCCCAGUGGGAUUCUUUUUUGCACCCAGAUCACUUUGGAACGGAGUGAAGACAAAUGAUAACUGGAGGCCUUGCGUAACGACAACAGCACAGCAGUGUACACAGCAAAACAGGAGAACCAAAUCAGUACAAAGUAAUAAUUUAAAAGCCCUUCUGCCCAAAAUAGCAAUAUUGGAUGCAAAGAAAACAUUUCCAACACCCCAGUCAUUCUGGAUCCACCCGAUAUUGGCAAUGGUCCACUGCAAACUUUCCCUCAAUUCUCUAGAAUAAUUGCCACUUCAACAUUGCAUCAGACAGCAACUAAUAGACAUAAAUCAGUGCAACAAUCAGUAUCAGUAUCAAUCAGGAUCAAUUGUGAUGCAAGAGAGAUGAAUGAAUAACAUUAUCAGAAAAAAAAUUAAAAGGAGCAUUGAAAUUAGAAUUUUUUUGACAAAUAAAAAUACUUACAAUAUUUUUUGUUAGCAACCAACUAAAUUGAGUUUCUUUAUGCCAUGGCUCUCCAAACCUGCUACUUUUAUGCCUAUCUCCUGGCAAUGCUCCCAAAUUUCUCAAAAUCUCUAGUACUUAACUGUUUUGAUAUAUUGAAAUGGUCCAACAAAUUUGACACUACUUAUGUCAUGAUCAGUGAAAUUCCUCUCUGCAUCAUUUUAAUUUUAGGGACUUUAUUCAGUAUUUUCUGACCAGCCUGAUCAGAGACAUUUAUGAGAAAACCCUAGAGCAGGUGAGGCUUGAAACCCAGGCCUACUGGAUCAGUGUUAGGGACACUAUCCCUGUACCACAGGAGUCCUUCAGAGACAUUGUAAAAACAUCAAAACAGAGAAAAUCCACCUGCACAGGCUUGCUAAUUUGUUAAAAACACUGUGGAAUAGAAUUUUUACCUUGAUGUACAAAGUUAAUGUGCACAUCAGCAACGGAGUCUAGUCUUUGUUUGGUCAUGCAUCAUAUACAAUUGGACUGUUUGUCAGUGAUUGUCAGAUUACAAUAAAUACUUCC